UCGCGGCAGAAGAGUUUAAAGUGAAGGAACAAGCAUGCUGAAAGUCCAAAAAUAUAGAGUUACACCGAAUGCGUUUCCAGCUUAUAAUCUCGCGCGAAAGCGUGUGCCUCCACUACACCAACGAUAUGUGGAGCUUACAGGCGAACUUGGUAUAAACGGCCGUCUCGAGAUUCCAGAGUUUGGUUCAAUUGAUUUAAGUAUCGUUGAAAAUCUUAACAUGCAAAAGUCUUUAGAUAUCAGCGACGUGGUCCCAAAGAGAUCAUCAAUAGAGCAAACAGAAGAAGCAAAUGUUGAAAAUAUUGCAGCUUAUUUAGAAGGACAGGUUGUCAAUGAGUCAGGUUCGAUAGAACUCGUUUUAUUUUCUGAAUAUUGUGUAUCUAGAAAGGAAAUAAGUUUACUUUCGAAAACAUACAAGGACAGGGUGUUUGUUAUUAUAGAAGAAGCAGAGAGCAACCCCGAAAGUAAUGGGUUAGCAGCAUGUUAUAAUGUUCUUAAAACGACAAAAGAAAACAUAAAUGAUAAUGUAGGUGAUAUAUUGGAAAGAUUGGUUCUCAAAACAAUUACAACUGAAUGCGAAAAUGUUAAAUUAUUGCUAGACAAAAAGAAGUUACUGGAUCAUUUGCAAAGUGAAAAUUCCACGGACUAUGCAGAUGGUGUAACGAAAUAUAUUAUCAAUGGUUGCAAAAAGCGAAGGAACGCUACACUGAUGGUUUCUAAUACUUCCGAGAGAUCAAACGGGUUCCAAAAUAUAUCUUGUGAGACAGAAGAUGGAACAAAGUUUGACCUGCAUUUAGAUGAUAACUGUCAAGGUUGUGACGCUACCAGGACACACAAUGCAAGAAAACUCGAUUUGACAAACAUGUCUGAUGAUGUUUGCGAAAAACUUCUUUACGUGGACCGAACUAUCAUUGAAAGUUUGUUGGCAGAAAUGACUGUCUUGUUCCGAACAAGUUGUGUGCCUGAAGACGAAUGGCCUAACUUCAAAGUUUACAAGGAAAGAAAAGUUGACGAACAGCUUCAGACAGACUUAUUUAAUAUAUCUCCGGCUGUCAAAGGAAUGGGCUAUCGUUUUGACCGGUUCGUCAUUUGCAUCGAGGAAGCAAAAGAUAUGGAUGACUACGAUUCUAUUUUGAAGAGUAUUGGAUCAGUCAUGGAUGGCAGCGGCGUAGAAGAUUACACGGUGGAAGAGAUUUCUAAAGAGCUGAAGCCAUACAGCUGUGAUGUGAGAGUAGGGGCGAAAAUAGAGACAGGCGGUCCUGAUGACCUAGUUUGUGGCACUCUUGGAUGUUUUGCCUUUAUGACUGACGAUAGUUGUGAGAAAACGUGCGCGUUGAUUUCAAAACAUGUAGCCACUUGCGGCAAUCGCUUCUUUUGCCCGGAUUACGGUAUAACUAUGCUAAAUAAUCCUUUGGGACACGUAGUUACGGCAACCGUUCAAGACACGGGAUUAGAUAUAGCAGCACUUUUACUGGAUGAAAGGGUUAGAAUAUGCGCAAAAUAUAAAUCCGAGGAUCCCGACUUUGAUUCUGGUCUUCUACAGUGUAAACUUCAUGAUUACACGGAAGACAGCAACGAUGAAAUACUAAGUAGUGGACAACAGGUUUACAUUUGGGGCGCUACAUCAAAACCGGGAAAGGGUGUUAUAACGAUACCAACCUAUAAAAUUGAUGGAAUGGAGAAUGGACUGAUUCUAAUUGAAGAUCGUUCCGUAAGGAAAGGAGAAAUACCGGAACGUUUCUGUAAACCCGGAGACAGUGGCGCAGUAGUAUGCGCUGAGGACAGGCGUGGAGAGUUUGUACAUGCUGUAGCUAUGUUGAUGGGAAUACUUAAUGAACAUGCUUUGAAAAAAGAUCCAACUACAAGAGGAAAAUAUCUCUCGGUUCCAUUGUCCACUGGGUUGCAAGAAUUAACAAAAAGAACGGGCUAUUCUUUUGAACUAUGCGAGUGUAUAAGCAGAUAAUAUACAUUAAUAUGUUGAUCAAAAUCAAACUGUAUUGUUGAUUGUUGAACUGUUUGUUGUCUAGGUUUUAAUGAAAAUGUGGAACCAUAUUCUAAGGUUAACUUGGUCGGUUAUUUAGCUGAUGGUCUAAAUUGUGACUUAUACUUUUGCAAAGGAAACAAACAAGCAAGCUAGUUCGAUUUAAACAUCUUUUUAAUUAAAUAUCACCCACAUAUGUAUAUCUACUUUCUGACCUUUAAGAUGUUAACUGAGUAAGAAUCUUUUAUCAAUUUAUGUGCUUUAUCUUUUUUUUCUCCUAGAAUCCAGUAAAUGUUCCCCUGUGGUUUACAUCUAACAUAUCAAGAACAAAAUAUCAUGGAUAUAAAAAGACUGAGAAUGAAAUGAACAUUUCCUCUACAUUUAAUCAACCCCUUGCUAAACCAUUACAUACAAUUUAAUAAGAUCUUGUUAUUUUAAUGAAAAUUGGGCUAAACAAUAUUUUAUCCAAUGCAGAACGAAUCUUGAUCUACGGCACAAAAACGAAUCAUACUUGUCCUUAAUGUUUCGUGGUAUAAAAUAGUACAUAAUUAUUGUAUACAUGUAUAGAUACACACACAAGAUAAAUGUUUACUACCACUAAAAUCUGGCUGUUUUUAACAAUCAACUAUAACUGCAUGACAUUUAAUUAUGAAUGUAGUUCUAUAUGCAGAUUAAAUAUAUAUAUUUAGUAAAAGUUAAAUACAUUUGGUGAGCAUUUUAAACAUUUGAAAUAAAUAUCUAAAGAUAAAAUAUUUUAGUAAAAGACGGCCAUUUAAAGUCUUUGAUAAAAGUAGAGACGUAACAUGUCAGUUAGUGCAAUACUUGCAACAUAAGGUUCAAGCUUGCAAAGUGUGAGGAUGGUGUUGCACUAGUAACUUUACACAAUAAUUACUUUGAAAUGCUUUGAUUUAUUUGGAAAUUUUAUUGUCCGAUGGGAUUAGAAAUGGACUAGAAUUUCACAUCACACAGAAACACCUUGAUUGUUAACUAUGUUGCCGUUCUAUCUGAGAGACUGAGGUAAAACAGUGGUAUGAUCUAACUCUGAGCAAUUUUGGAAACUUUGAUUCUUGUAUAUUUUAUGCACCAUACAAUAUUUAUCUCCAAUCCUACUAUGCUAUUUACAAAGAGUAUUUAUCGUGUUUUUGUAUCUAUCUACUUAAUAGAAAAAGGGCUAGCAUAAAAUUAUUUCAUUGUAAUAUAUACACAUACCAUAGUUGACGUUAUACUAAUACAUAGUGUGAUGUUUAAUAUAUAAACAUGAAUAAAACUUCUACAAAAGUGUGGAUAUGCAAUGAUUAUUCUAGGUCAGCGUACUGCACACAUACAAUUGGGCGGAGAAGCAAAGUAAUAAACUACGAGCAUAUCCAACGACGCAUUGUCAUAUCUGAAAGCAAAAGUUACAAAAACAAGAGCUGUCUCCAUAGGAUGACACAUGCCCCCGAUGGUACUUUGAAUGAAUAGUUAUGGCCGAUGUUAGAGUUUAGUACUUUUGACCUACGGAGCUGGGUUUUGCGCACGACACGUCGUCUUACUGUGCCACACAUUCAUGCGUAGUUAUUUUAAAAUCCAUGCAUGAAUGACAAAGAUAUGGACCGGACACGCCCAUCAAUGCACUAUCAUGAAAUAUUACCUUUAACGUCUAAGUGUGACCUUGACCUUUGAGCUACAGACCUGGGUCUUCCGCACGACACGUCGUCUUACUGUGUCACACAUUUAUGCGAAGUUACUUGAAAAUCCAUCCAUGGAUGACAAAGAUAUGGACCGGACACGCCCAUCAAUGCACUAUCAUGAAAAAUGACCUUUAACGUCUAAGUGUGACCUUGACCUUUGAGCUACGGACCUGGGUCUUGCGCGCGACACGUCAUCUUACUGUGGUACACAUUCAUGCCAAGUUAUUUGAAAAUCCAUCCAUGGAUGACAAAGAUAUGGACCGGACACGCCCAUCAAUGCACUAUCCUUUAACAUCUAAGUGUGACCUUGACCUUUAAGCUACGGACCUGGGUCUUGCGCGCGACACGUCGUCUUAUUGUGAUACACAUUCAUGCCAAGUUAUUUGAAAAUCCAUCCAUGGAUGACAAAGAUAUGGACCGGACACGCCCAUCAGUGCAUUAUCAUUUAACGUCUAACCUUGACCUUUAAGCUACGGACCUGGGUCUUGCGCGCGACACGUCGUCUUACUGUGGUACACAUUCAUGCCAAGUUAUUUGAAAAUCCAUCCAUCGAUGACAAAGAUAUGGACCGGACACGAAAAUUGCGGACAGACCGACAGACCGACAGACGGUUCAAAAACUAUAUGCCUCCCUUCGGGGGCAUAAAAAUAUUAUGCACACUGGCUUUUGGAAUCUGAUAGUCACAGGCAUCUUUUUUAAACAAGCGAAAGCAAAAUUGUAGAAGUUUUGGAAAAGCUUUAGGUUCUUUGAUAUUGUUUUCUGAUUUGCCAACUGUCAAUGUCACCUUAAAAGUUACAAAAAUACGACAGUCCAAAACCACUGAAGCUGAAUUUUGGUUAAUAUUUAAGAUAACAAUAUUAUGUCAGUUGAUGUCCAAUUUGUACUAGCUUUUUAAAAAAAGCACCUACUUCUAAUGAUGAAAUUGAUUAUAAAACAGCAUUAGUCAUGGACAUUUCAAAGAGAUAUAAGUUAUAAAAACUGAAAUAUUUAAUGUAUGUGUUUUAAUAAAGCAUAUGUCCCGUUGUUAAAUAGUCUUCAAGCAUUAUGCACUGUUCACUACUGUAGUGUUUGCAUGUUUUCAUGUGUUUUCUUCAGUGAGUUUGUGCCCUUCCCUGGGACUUAUGUUUUUGAAUGUUAUGCGUCCCAAACAUUUAUUACGUACUUGAUAUAUCAUUGUGUGCAUAUUGUUGGGAGUGACAUUUCUCAUAAUUAAUUAUAAUUGUUUAAUUAGUUUUGGAUGUCUUAUGGUACCUGGGUUGAACGUUUUAUGUUUUUACUUUAUAUUAUCAUUCUGUCAAGCAUUUUGAGAGGACAUAUGUCAUUCAAUAUUUACAUUACAUGUUGUUUUCGUA